UUUAUCCAAAAAGACAGAAGCUCACAGAAUGGCAAAAAUCCGGAGCGUACUCCUGCUGUUCUUCAUAACAACUAUAACAUCUAAUGUUUCAGGUUUGGUGGUAGUCACUUCCUGUGAUGUGUGCCAUAAGCAUGCUUCCUGUGCACCAGAGCUGAAAGAAUCUUCCCCGCGAGCUGAUUCCUUCCAACCCACAUUCACCUGCUCCUGCACUGAGGGUUUCUCCGGCAAUGGCAUCACCUGCUAUAACAUCUCAGCAUGUAGCAAACCCGGGGCAUCCUGCUGCCCUGAGGGGUACCGCUGGUAUGAACAUAGCUGUGUUGACAUUGACGAGUGUUCUGGUGAGAAGAAUCCUUGCACUUCUCCACUACUGUGUAAAAAUACACCUGGGUCUUUUUCCUGUGUGUCCCUGGAUGCUUAUGCUAAAGACACCAUGCUAAAUGUUGAGCCAGCAUCUAACCAGCUGAGCUGUGGGGGUGAAGUGUGCAGCUCAGGCCAGGACUGCAUCACUGUAAAUGGAGUGCUCCGCUGUGCAGAUCCCUGCCGGCACUACACCAUUCUGAGCGACUCAUGGCGCUCAACUGCUUCAAAGUCAAAUACAUUACACUGCGAUACAGGCAUCAACUGGCAAGGCUGGUACAGGAUGUACCUGGGUAAUGCCAGUGUCCAGAUGCCUGAGAGAUGCAUCCAACCCAAUACAUGUGGCACAAAUGCCCCAAUCUGGCUCAAGACACCUCCUCCAUCACCGUCAGAAGGCAUUGUGCAGGCCACUGUGUGUGCAAGCUGGGUAACAGGCUGUUGUGGCUUUGAGUUCUCCAUCGGGGUAAAAGCCUGCCCUGGGAACUUCUACGUCUACAAGUUCGUCUCACCACCUCUGUGCUUCUUGGCAUAUGCAGCAGAUGCCAAUUCAGCAGUGUGUGACACCUGUAAGAAUGGAGAAUCCUGUGUCAGUGCAGACAAGAUCACCUGGACCUGCAAGGCUCAAGGUGUAUCACCUGAGCUGGUGUGUAACAGGACAACGAUGAUGCUGGGGGUUCCAGACAACUUCAGCAUCUCCAGAUCCCUCGAUCCUUUAUCAGGGCAUAUGGCAGACCCAAGCUGCACGGCUGGGCUUAAGGUCAGCGGCACGGUGUGGUAUGAGGUGCAAAGCCAGGCAGGAGUGUGUGGAAAUGUGCUGAGGACAAACGAUACCCAUGCAAUCUACUCCAAUAUUUUAUACCUCUACCCUGUAAAUAUCUCAACAUUCACGCUGCCUACGGCAUUCCCGUUCUCCUGCGUUUACCCCCUGGACUCUCUCACAAGUAUGGAUCUGGAACUGGAUCCUUUUCUGCCGAUGCAGGAGUUAGGUCUAGUUGGUGUUGGCCCUGGUGCCCGUGCUUCCAUGUUCCUGUUCCACAGUGACAACUUCACAUCUCCGUACCCCCCCGGGCCUGUAACACUACCCGUCGGUACGCCACUCUAUGUGGGUAUGAAUGUCCAGGAGGUGGAGUCUGCUCGCUUUAAUGUGGUUAUGGAGGAGUGCUAUAUCACAGAAACUCCAGACGCCAAUAGCACUGAGAGAUAUUAUCUUAUUCAAAAUCGUUGUUCCAGUGACCCACGUGAUGUGAUAGUGAAUGACAAUGGCGUGUCUCAGAGUGCACGUUUUACCGCUCUGCUUUUCCUGUAUGAGGGCAACUAUAACGAAAUGUUCCUGCAGUGUCGUUUCAGCCUGUGUGACAGAACGACAAGCUCUUGCUCCGUGAGGUGUCAGACCAGAGCCACUCGCUCCAUCUCCAACCACAAGUCUCUCACCAUCGGGCCGAUUAACUGGAGAAAAGGAGGACAGUAAGCUGAGCUACACUGGACCAUCCUAUCCAUGUCAUCAAGGGCACCUGAAAGUGUGCUAUUAAAUAGGGAAUAUGGAUUAAUCUGCAGUGCACAAAGGAUGGAAAUAGGAGUGUGCCAGUGUUGAACAAUGUUGAAAAAAAAAAUAAUUAGCUAACCCUACAGUAUAUAAUGUGUUUAAAACAUGACCAUACUGAUUCCUCAUGUUUACUUUUCUAAAAAAAAAAAAAAAAAAAGAAAGAAAGAAGAAAUUCAUGUAAAUCCAAAUAUGUAAUGUAAAGUAAGUCCACAUAACAAACAGAAUGAUGUGAUUCCCUUCACAGAAAAGAUUCAAAAUUCAUAUUUAUGUCUCAUUUAAUAUUUUCUAAUAUAAUAAAUGAAUGGAUUAAAUA